AUGUCCUGGGCAAUGUCCUGGCUGUCGUGGUCCUGUCUGUGGAUGCUGCCAUUGACGAUUUGCUCGGGCAGCGGCUCAAACAUUCUGAUGAUUACCAUGGACGGCACGAAAUCGUACAAAAUACCCUUCGGGGCAUUGGGACGAGCGCUUAUCAAGCGUGGCCAUCGGAUUACGUUUGUGAAUGGCUUUCAAGCGGAUUUCCAUGUGGAUGGGCUGCUUGAAGUGACACCGUGCCGACUCGUUCAAUAUAUACGAAACUAUACGGAUUGGGAUUUGGUGGACGCACGCUAUGCUGGGCACGCCCUUCUCUCAAUGGGCGAUGCGAUGCAAUAUCCAAUUGAGGCGUGCAACAGUUUGCUCAGCGAUCCUGCCACACAGCGUCUACUGCGGCAUGCAGCAGCAGGACACACCCAAUACCAGUUGGCGAUUGUGGAUGGGGCAUUUCCGGAAUGCGCGCUGGGCAUUGUGCAUCGCUUAAAUGUAACGGCAUUCAUCUACAUCAAUACGGUGGCCUUCUACACCGGAAGCGUCUCGUUGGCCGGCAAUCCGGAUGCGUAUGCCGUCACGCCUCAUGUCUUUGCCUCAUGGACGCUGCCCAUGCACUACUUGCAGCGUGUGGCAAAUUGUUUAACUCAUGUUAUUGCCGAUUUGCUGCACUGGGUCUGCAUGCAGCGUGUGCAUCGCCUGCUGCGCCAGCAUCUGGCCUGGAUGUGCCACAUCCCUAUGUGUUGGCUAUGGAGGUGUCCUUCAUUUUAUAAAAUGGAUACCCCAAUGUGCGCCAUCCCAGCGCCCGUUUGCCCAAUGUGGCCGGGGUGGCCUGCUAGCACUGCCGUUCCGCUGUCAAUCUCGGCCAGCUGGAUGCCGAGCUGGCUUGAGUUUAUGGCCGCGGCGCCGGCCAGCGUCAUUUACCUAUCGAUGGGCUUCUCGGUGCGCUCGGAACGGCUGCCGGCGGCGCUGUGCCAACUGUUUGUCGCGGUCUUUACGCGUCUGCCGCAUCAUCACGUGCUUUGGACGUGGGCGGGCAAUGCCACCGAGCAGCUGCCCAACCUGCCGGCCAAUGUCCGCGUACGCGAUUGGCUGUCUCAGCAGGAUAUACUUGGCCAUCGGCGGCUCCAGCUAUUCAUUACACACGGCGGUCUCCUCAGCCAACACGAGGCUGUUUUUCAUGAUGUGCUGCUCCUGAUGCUGAUGCCCGUGUUCUGCGACUACGCUGCCAAUGCCGCCCAGGCCCAACACGAUUGCUAUGCCAGGCAACUGGAGCUGGCCCAGCUUGACGAGGAGGCGCUUUAUUGCGCCAUAUACGAUGUCCUGCAUAAUGAUUGCUAUCGGCAUGCUGUCAGUUUCGUUAGCUACCGUUCGCUGGAUGUCCUUGCGCUGCUGUUGGUCCUGCUGCUGCUGGUGCUGCUAGCGUUGGAUGUCCUGCAGACGGCACUGAAGUCAUUGUCCGGCGGUGAGGCCAGAGGGCAGCAAAAGUUUCCAACUGCAUCCGAAUUGGAGUUGGAGUUGGAGUUGUCGCUGCAGCUGGAGCUAAAGUUGUGA